AUGACUCCUUUUUCGAAUAACUACAAGCCCACAGCCGCCAAGGCCAAGAAGACCAACCGCAAGAGACGCCCACGACGUGAGCUUCCUGAAGACCUCACAGAACUUUACAUUGCUGAUAGUCGUCCGACUGACCUCGAUGUUAUCGCUGGACGCGGCGGUGGCUCCAAUCACCAUGAAGGAAACAAGAGAUACUGGCGCCGAAUCCUAGUCGAACGGCCAGGAUACAAGCAGCUCGGCAAGAAUGACAAUACCGAGAAGAACGAAAUUGCGUCUGCCAUCUUCCAGGACAUCAUCUCAACUGGAGGAAGAUUCCUUCAGCUUGACUCCAAGACUAAAAAGUGGUUCAAUAUCCCAGAGAAGAUCUCCCUGGACAAGAUCAAGCAAGCCCUCAGAGACAAGUACGUCCCUCAUUUUGCCAAGGGAGGGGAUUUUGCCAAGGAAGAGCCACAAUCCCCAACGACCGCACCUCCCGCACCUCUGCCGACACCAGUGUUUACGGUGGAGGAGGAGAACAAGUUCUUCGACUUCUUGAACAAGAAGUCUUCGGCUCCAACCACAAAGAAUGGUUUCUUUAGUACCCCCAGUCUUGACUUAUGCUCCAUCCUUGGACAGUCAAGCUUGGGCAAGUUGGACACUCCGAAAAUCUCCGUUCAAAAUACUUUGUGUCCGGACAACUUUGCUCCCUUUGAGAGGUCUUUGGACAAGUUGGACAUGUUAAAAAAGUCUGGCAGCAUGCUGUCCAAAAACAACAUGGAUGAGACCUGGAGUAAAUUCCCAACUCCCAACGACAACACCAUGAACAAGUCCCCUUUUGAAUCUACUAGCCUACCUCCUCCAGGCUAUUCAUUGGAUCAUUUGAUGCGGGGUGACUUGAUCAAGACUGGUGACAACUUCAUGGUUGAAGCCAAGGACGUUACUCUGCCCAAGUCAACUGGAAUGUCUGAAGCCUGCGAGAAUUUGUUCCAAAAGUACUUGGCGCAGCAGUAUGAGUCUGCCGUUCCAUCAUCUUCCGGGACGAGAACUGUUGUCUCAGUCUAA